UAGAAAUGGCGGCACAUGUGGAAAUGCUAGAAGACGGAGAACUCUCGGAUUCUGAUGAUAACCAACAGAUUUCGACAUCGACUGCGACCUUCGUCGAUCCGCUCCGACGACGAGAUGUGACGAGCGAGGCGAAACCGCUGAGCAGCGGCGACAGUGACACCAGCAGCAACGACAGCGACGACGACGACGGCGCCGGCGACAGAUCCUGGAAGCGAGCCAAACGCGGGAAACCCCCGCCGCCGGCGCCGCAGCCACCCGCGCCGUCUCCGCGCGCCGCCGCGAACGGUUUCCGCGGCAACGGCGGCGGGAAGCCUGGCCGUCGGCGUGCGAACGCGGUGUGGGCGUCGGUGGUGCAGGAGCAGAUACUGUCGCAGGGCCUGACGGGGUUCGCGAUGAAUGCUGAUGAGCUGAGUAACGAUCGCGCCGCGGAGAGCUACGACUACAUCACGCUGAACCCCAACGCGAAGAGGAAGAGGGAGGACAGCUCCUCCUCCUCCGCAGUGACGAGCGACGGGGAGGAGGGAGCAAGGGAUGGGGAAGGAGGCGGGAGGGACGGGAACGGGGGAGCGAGGGAGGGGAAGGAGGGAGCAAGGGACGGGGAAGGAGGCGGGAGGGACGGGAACAAGGGAGCGAGGGAGGGGGAGGAGGGCGGCAGAGGGCGAAACAGAGGGGUUCGUGCGAGGCUGGGUUCACGCCCGAGGUCGGUGCACUCGCGGCUCGGUUCGACGGUGCCCGUCGGUGCGCCGAUCAAGCACCAGGUGGAGCUGUGUGCGGAUGACCCGCCAGAGAAGAUCGUCCAUGAGUUGGUGUACAGACUGCGGGAGUCCAAGGCUGGAUUGAUAGCGAGGGUCGUGGACACGCUAGGUAGCGUCAAGACAUUGGAACUGAUGGCGGAAACUGAAGAUGUGGAAAGUGCUGGCGGUAUCAUGACACUGGACGGAUCGCGGCGUCGCACACCAGGUGGCGUGUUCUUGCAGCUGAUGCGAGCGAAGUCGUCCGUCGCCAAGGAGCAGCUGAACCAGAUCUUCGAGGUGGAGAUCGAACACGACAAGAAGAACAAGAAGCGGAAGAAGAAGCGCCGGCACAGCCACGACGCCGCGACACAGCUGCCAUCGCAGCACGGUAAGGAGGGACAGCAGCCUCCGGGCGACGAGCCAAUGACAAGCGAACACCGGCCGGAAAUGGCCGGCGACGACGACGCGGCGCGAGACGACGAACCGCGCGACGUAUCGACGAAGCCACGUGAUGCUGAGAUGCUGUGCGAGGAGGAUGCGGUCGGCGGCGGCGCCUCUGUCGACGCGAACGAAAGCGUCGGCGUGGCAGAUGCGCCGGCGAAAAGUUCCAAACCGCAGUUGACGGAACUCGAGGAAGAGCUACAGCUGGAGAGUGCUGCCACCUAUGAUUUCCCCUAAGUUGUUUGUGAGAGAAACUGCAUAGGGAAGACAGUAAGUUAUCCACUUGCACUUUUAUUGUAGGAAUGAAUUGCAUUUGUAAGUGACGAAAAUUAGCUGCGUGCAUGUAUAAAUAUGAACGUUGUCAUUGUGAUUUUUGUAUGUUUAGUUUCCCUCUUAAUUUAUGUUAAGAGAUAACUGUACUCGAGCAUUUAGGAUCAUUUUAUUUUGGAUAACAGCUUUUCAUCAGUUAUCAGCUGUAUCUCGUUACACUGACAAAUGUUUGCGCUUACAAAUUUUAUUUUCACACGUUGCAAACCAGGAGUGUAUAAUGAAAGUAAAAUAACAUUUAUCUAUAAUGGCUAUUCGAUGGCAACACUUUAUAUCUAUCAGUUCUUUGCCAUAUACGCACUAUGUACAUAUUCAUUUGUAUUGUAAUUUAAGUAGCAAUAAAAAUGUGUAGUGAUUAUU